AUGGCCACCGAGGCCCCUUACUAUUAUCCCGAAUUGGUGCCCGUGGCCCACGAUCUUGGAGUGUCCAUUGCGUUAGUUAACCUGAGCGUGACGACGUAUCUCAUCGUGGCGGCGAUCGCCCCCUCAUUCAUGGGAGAUAUGGCAGAUCAGACUGGAGGACGACCCGUGUUCAUGGUUUUGUUCGUCCUAAUGAUCUCUGCCAACGCGGGGGAUUGCCCUCCAAACAUCAUACGCCGCUCUCCUGCACUGGUAGCAAUUACGUACGGAGUUAUCGCCGAUAUCACAGAAUCUAAAGACAGGGGCGGCUUUAUCGGCGUCUUCCUCAACUGGCAUGUUUUCAUCCUCCCACCAACACCCCCCACCUACCCCCUGUUAACAUCCACUACUCAACAGGCAAAUUCCUCGAUUGGAACUACCGCCACACCAUCUCGAAAUUCCAACCCACCACCAACUAAACUGACCUCUUCCCCCUCGAAAACAACCCGCCUCUGCGGCAUCUACCUCCUCAUCCUCAUCAGCUCCCUCGGCAUCCUAGGCUACGGCCUAGCACUAAUGACAAACGCCAUGACAAUCACCCUCCCGGCAGACAUGAACGUCGAGAAGUCAGCCACGGCUCAAGGGGCAUGCAGUAUCGUCAGGUGUCUCGGUGCCGGCACCGGCAUCGCCGUCACGCAACCGUUGGCUGACGCUGUGGGAUUGGGGUGGUGCUUCGCAAUCUAG